AUGGAUUUACUUGUAUAUGAAUAUCUUGGAUAUAUGAAAUCAAACAUUCAGAAACAGAUGAGCAUGUGGCACUGCGACUUAGAGGUUAGAGAUUCAAUUCUUGAAAAUAUUCUCCACAUAUUAUGUGAAGAUGAGGUUUGUGUGCAUCUCCCGAUUUCAUUCACCGCGGGAGCUUUUGUGCACAAGUUGCGGGUUUGUGCCCAAUCCAUUUUAAGUAUUAAGAACCUUCCAAAUUCGAUUAAAAACCUUAUAUUAUACCUUAGUACAUUGAUUUCAGUCUACCGUUUGAGGUAUUACAGUGGGGCCUGCUGUAAUUUCGGCAUUUUAUUUGACUUCUGCAUCGAUCUGGGUCGAACCAAAUGUCUUCACGCGUUUCUUGUGGUGUCAGGGAAUUCUCAGAGUAGCUUUCUUUCAACUAGGCUUGUUAACAGAUACGCCUUCUUACGUGAUGUACCAUCCUCUCGCACCACUUUUAAUCAAAUCGCCAACAAGGAUGUCUAUACUUGGAAUUCGAUCGUGUCUGCAUUGGUUCGAAGUGGACAUUACCGAGAAACUGUGGAUUGUUUCUACCAAUUUUUACUUACAUCGGGUCUUCAUCCUGAUUUUUACACUUUUCCUCCCGUGUUGAAAGCUUGUAGAAAUCUAUUUGACGGGAGGAAGAUACAUUGUUCGGCUUUAAAGCUUGGUCUUGAGUGGGAUGUCUUUGUAGCUGCUUCUUUAAUCCAUAUGUAUACUCGUUUUGGUAUAAUGAUUGUUGCACGCCAAUUGUUCGAUGAUAUGCCCAGCCGAGACAGGGGUUCCUGGAAUGCCAUGAUUUCUGGAUAUUGUCAAAAUGGAAAUGCGGUAGAGGCAUUGAAUCUCUUGGAUGAGAUGAAAUUGGAUGGAAAUAGAAUGGAUUCAGUUACUGUCACAAGUAUUCUUUCAAUUUGUGCACAAUUGGAUGAUAUCUUAAGUGGGUUGUUGAUUCACUUGCAUGUUAUUAAGCAUGGGUUGGAAUUUGAAUUGUUUGUUUCCAAUGCUUUAAUUAACAUGUAUGCGAAAUUUGGUAAACUUGGGCUAGCGCAAAGGGUUUUUUAUCAAAUGGUGGAAAAGCAAGAGAAGCGGAGGAUCGUUGCGUUACAAACCAAGAAAUUCUCCUCUGACGUAGCGUGGAAUCAUGUUAAACAUCUCCCUCAGACGCCAUCCAAUCUCUUUUUGACGCGUGUUGACAAUCGUGACGUGUCGGAAGCACGCCUUAGCUUUCAAACGCGAGAACAACGUGUCCUCUUUUCUUUUUUUGAAUUCUUUAUUCAAGAUAUUAAACACCCAUGA